AGAUUCCCUGCCUGCGGGCUCCGAGCUGGUGCCCGGCGGGGCCCGCCCGAGGGCGGCAGAGGUGCAGUCGCCAGAGCCAUGGUGAUCAUGUCGGAGUUCCGCGCGGCGGUCGCCGGCUCAGACCAGAGCCUGCAGAAGCCCCUGCGAGUGGGCUUUUACGACAUCGAGCGGACGCUAGGGAAAGGCAAUUUCGCGGUAGUGAAGCUGGCCCGGCACCGAGUCACCAAGACCCAGGUUGCCAUAAAAAUAAUCGAUAAAGCAAGAUUAGAUUCAAGCAAUUUGGAGAAAAUAUAUAGAGAGGUUCAGAUUAUGAAGCUUUUGAACCAUCCUCACAUCAUAAAACUUUAUCAGGUUAUGGAAACCAAGGACAUGCUCUACAUUGUCACCGAGUUUGCGAAAAACGGAGAGAUGUUUGAUUAUUUGACCUCCAACGGGCACCUGAGUGAGGAGGAGGCGCGGAAGAAGUUCUGGCAAAUCCUGUCGGCCGUGGAGUACUGCCACAGCCACCACAUCGUGCACCGAGACCUCAAGACAGAGAACCUGCUGCUGGACAGCAACAUGGACAUCAAGCUGGCAGAUUUCGGGUUCGGGAAUUUCUACAAGCCAGGAGAAGCCCUGUCCACGUGGUGUGGGAGCCCCCCAUAUGCCGCCCCAGAGGUCUUUGAAGGGAAGGAGUACGAAGGUCCACAGCUCGACGUUUGGAGCCUUGGAGUUGUGCUGUACGUGCUGGUGUGCGGAUCGCUGCCCUUCGACGGGCCCAACCUGCCCACCCUGCGGCAGCGGGUGCUGGAGGGCCGCUUUCGCAUCCCCUUCUUCAUGUCCCAAGAUUGUGAGUCCCUGAUCCGCCGCAUGUUGGUGGUGGACCCCGCCAAGCGCAUCACCAUCGACCAAAUCAAGCAGCACCGCUGGAUCCAGGCAGAGCCCACGCUGCUGCAGCCCACCUGCUUGGCCUUCUUAGGGCAGGACUACAACUCCAACCUGGGCGACUACAAUGAGCAGGCGCUGGGCAUCAUGCAGAUGCUGGGCAUCGACCGGCAGAAGACCACAGAGUCCCUGCAGAACAGCAGCUACAACCACUUCGCAGCCAUCUAUUACCUCCUCCUCGAGCGGCUGAAGGAGUAUCGGAGUGCCCAGCUGCCAGCCCGCCCGGUGCCCACCCGGGUACCCAGGCCCCAGAGCUCUGAGCUCUGCAGCUUUGAGGUGGCCCACGAGGGGCUCACUGUUGAUCCCUUCCGCUCGCACCUGCUGUGCCCACAGCCCCAGAACCUGGUGCAGUCCGUCCUGCAGGUAGAGAUGGACUGCGACCUCAGCCCCUCGCUCCAGCCCUUGCUCUUCCCCGUGGAUGCCACCUGUGAGGGACUGUUCCGGCAUCGCCCCGUCUCCCCCAGCAGCCUGCUGGACACAGCCAUCAGUGAGGAGGCCAGGCAGGAUCAGGGCCUGGAGGACGAGCUGAAGGCCCAGAAGCCCCUGCCCAGUGGCACGGGUCGGCGGCACACGCUGGCAGAAGUCACCACCCACUUUUCCCCACACACCCUUCCAUGCAUUGUCAUUUCCUCCUCCUGUGCCACGGCGGCGGGGUCAUCCGAAGGGACCAGCUCCGACAGCUGCCUGACCGUCUCUGCAAGUGAUAGCCCCAUGGGGUUCGGUGGCCUUGCCACUCAUGGGCUGGGGGGCACCUGCUCGCCUGUCCAUGUGGCCGCACCACGCCUGGGGGACCAGUCCACCACCCCCAUCCUGCAGGCACAGGGGGGCCUGUGUGGCACCGUCCCGCUCCCUCUCAGCUUCCAGGAAGGACGGAGGGCCUCGGACACAUCGCUCACCCAAGGGCUGAAAGCCUUCCGGCAGCAGUUGAGGAAGAACGCCAGGACCAAAGGGUUUCUGGGACUGAACAAGAUCAAGGGACUGGCCCGCCAGGUGUGUCAGCCCUCCGCCGCCGCCAGCCGGGCCCCUCGAGGUGGCCUGAGCUCCGCACAAAGCGCAGGUGGCCGGGAGGGCCGGAACCUGCUGGAAGAGGUGCUCCACCAGCAGAGGCUGCUCCAGUUACAGCAUCACCCGGUGGCUGUGCCCCAGCCCAGCUGCCCACAGGCGCCCCCACCACCACCGCCCCCGUCCCCCUACGUCCUUCCCACCUGCGACAGCACCGCCUCCCCACUCUCCAGCAGCAUCCUGGUGCCCGGGCUCCAGAAGGGUCUGGUGCUAGGGCCCAGCCCGCUCCUGCCGGCCCACCUCUUCCCUGCCGCUGCCACCCCCAUGGCGUCAACAGCACAGCUCCUGGACGCCCACCUGCGUAUCAGCUCGGCCACUGCGCCCCUCGUCCCUGCUGCACCCCCUCAGCCUCACUUGGCUGUGCUGCCCCCUGGUUUCGAGCCCACAGGGCUGGCCCAGGGGGACUGUGAGAUGGAGGACCUCUCGGUGGGCCAGCUGGGCACCUUUGUGCUGGUGCAGUGAGACCUGGCCCCCGCCGGCAGUGGCCACUCCCAACUCUUUGAAGCAAUAAUUUCAGAGUAUGUGAAGAUGUUUUUGGACUUAAAGCCAAUAACUUUCUGGAAGCGAAACAAGCAAUACGUCUAGGUGUUCGGGGGGCGGGGGGCGUUGUUUUGUUUUGUUUUUGGUUGGAUUUUCGAUGGCUUUUACUUCUUCCUUGCACUGAACCACUGCGACCACGUGUAGGGACUGGAAACUUCUGGAAGACAAAUGAUAAGCAAGGGGCGUGUCACUGGGGUGGGUGGACGGGCAGGGUGGGAAAGG